AUGGCUCUAUGGACGCCUUACGCUGAAAGUACAGCGUUAGACCUAACAGUGAAGUGCAAAGCGGAAAGGAUAACGCCCGAACCACACCCAACGGAAUACCACAGUUACGAAACCACAGUUUACCAGCCACAUAGUGUCCCAUACCCUUAUAUGGGGUACCCUGUAUACGUGCCUAUGGGAGAAACCCCCGUAUCACCUGUUUCUUCGUGUACAAGUUAUCCAAAAUCCGUCAGCCCUCCAAGAAAUGGAAUGAUAUCACCACCAGAGUCACCGGUUUCUAUCAACGAGAGGAAGCGACCGAGUUAUAUGAUGGACGUUGAUUUGCUAUCCGAUGAUCCAGACUUCCAAGCGUUUGAGAGAGACGCGCUGAGAGCUAUGGCUGAGAAGAACGGUGGAACUCUACUGGGCAAUAACCCACGCAUGCGCAGAGCUGUGCAAACGAGUCAAACUGCUGACGACUCGUAUAGGAAACAGAGGGAAAGGAAUAACUUCGCGGCAAAACAGAGUAGAGAUAGGAGAAAGUUAAGAGAGAUCCAUCUUGCUUUGAAAGUUACAUAUUUGAAGAACGAAGUCGCUAAGUUAAAAAGCUUAUUAGGAAAUCAAACAUGUGUUAGGUGUCGACAGCCCUGCAUGUGUUAG